AUGGCAUCUACCAAGAAGAUCUUCAUCAUCGGCGGCACAGGCGCCCAAGGCAUCCCCGUGGUGCGGGACCUCGCCGCCGACCCCCAAUACAGCCUGCGCAUCCUCACGCGCGACGCCUCCGGCCCCCGGGCCCAGGAACUCCUCGCGCUGGCCCCGGACAGGAUCGAGCUCCAGGAGGGCACCCUGGAGUCGGACGCCGGCCUGCGCCGGGGGUUCAGGGGCUGCUGGGGCGCCUUCGUCAACAUCGACGGCUUCAUCGUGGGCGAGAAGGCGGAGGUGUUCUGGGCGAUGCGGACGUACGAGGUCGCGGUCGAGUGCGGCCUCCAGAGCUUCGUGUAUGGGAACUUGGAUUAUGGGUACAAGAAGGGCGGGUAUGAUCCUCAGUUUUAUGCGGCGCACUAUGACGGGAAGGGGAGGGUUGGGGAGUGGAUCCUUGACCAGCACAAGCGGAACAAGAGUGGGAGUCUCGCUGGAUAUGACAUGAAGGUGUCCUUGUUUACCACUGGCCCGUACCUGGACAUGGCCAUCUCUAGCUCGGGUCCGAUGGUCCCGAAAGUUGAGAAGGACGAGAAUGGCGAUGAAGUCCUAACCUGGAGGGUGCCACUGACCGCCGAUGGAGGCAUACCACACAUCGCCUUGGAUGACUGCGGCUACUACGUGAAGUGGCUGAUCGAGAACCCGGGCGAGGCCGACGGGCUGGACCUGGAGGUGUCAAUUGAGCACGUCCACUACGCCGACCUGGCCAAGGCCUUCGGGAGAGUCACGGGCCACAAGGCACGCUUCAUCGAUACCGACUGGGCUACCUACUGGCGGGAAGGCUCGCUCUCCCAGAUCAAAGACGCGGCGCUGGGGGUCCACGCCGACCUUGACGACCCUGCCACGUUGACCGUCCAGCAGAACUUCACGGGCUGGUGGAGCAUCUGGAGGGCCUCGGGGUACAACAGGGGAGUCGUCCGGAGGGACUAUGCACAGCUGGACAGGAUCUUCCCGGGUAGGGUCAGGACGGCUGAGGAGUUCCUGCGCCGCCAGGACGAGCAGCUGCGGGAGCAAGGUAGUUCGCUCUGGGAAAAGAUGGUUGAUAACAAGCCGAUUUUGAAGUUGCACGAAGAUGGGAAAGCUCGAUAA